AAAGCAAGAUCGUGAUGCUGAAGGUGUUAAAGGACAUUCGCUCACGUGGCAGAUUUCGACCAAUCAGCGAGGAACAAACACGGCGGGAAGGUGCAAAGCUUUUGGGCGAGGAAUCCAAGAGCGAGUUUCACACGGAGGAAUCGGAGGAACUGUCGACCAUCGAGCAGGCUCAGGAUCAUGGGGCUCGAAUACAGCGCACUCAGCCAGACUUUGUCAUCCUACACUAUAGUCCAUUUAAAGCAGUUUGGGACUGGGUGAUACUUAUCCUCGUCCUCUACACAGCUGUGUUCACGCCAUACCAAACGGCGUUUCUCCUCAACGAAGACGAAUCAACGAUGCGACUCAACCGAAAUGCCGCCACAAGGUCCCAGACUUCCGACACCACCAAAGCUAGUCCUCUUGUAAUAAUCGAUCUCAUCGUUGAUCUGAUGUUUAUCCUCGACAUCCUCAUCAACUUUCGCACGUCUUAUCUUCACAACGGAGAGGUCAUCAUGGACCAAAAGAAGAUUGCAAUUAAUUACGUGAAGGGGUGGUUUCUUAUAGAUACCGUCGCCGCUAUACCUUUUGAUCUGCUACUGUUUGGGUCAGGAACUAGUGACACUAUGACUAUAGCGGGUAUUCUGAAAACAGCCCGGUUGCUAAGGUUACUGCGUGUGAUUCGGAGGAUCGAACAGUUUGCAGAGUAUGGAGCAGCCGUGCUGCUACUGCUGAUGGUUACAUUCUCACUGGUCGGCCACUGGCUGGCAUGCGCAUUCUAUGCCAUCGCUUACUGGGAGCGUCCGCAUCUAGACGGCAAUAUAGGUUGGUUGGAUCAUUUGGCACAGCAACUCAACGAACCGUUCAUAGUGAACGUCACAAGUAGCGGCCCGAGCAUUAAGACCAAGUAUAUCACCGCGCUCUACUUUACCUUCACCUCGCUGACCAGUAUUGGCUUCGGCAACAUCUCUCCCAACACUAACGCUGAGAAGAUAUUCUCCAUAUUCGCCAUGCUUCUUGGAUCGUUAUUGAGUGCCGCCAUUUUCGGUAACGUUUCGUCCAUCAUGCUGCGAAUCUACCAAGGUACCGACGAAUACCACGAGAAGGUGCAGAGCAUCAAAGACUUCAUCAACUUCCACCACCUUCCUAAGAAUCUGGCCACACGGCUACAGGAGAGUUUCCAACACGCUUGGUCCUAUACCAAUGGGAUUGACAUGAAUUCCGUCUUGAAGAGUUUUCCGGAGUGUCUUCAGGCCGAUAUUUGUCUUCAUCUGAACCGCAACCUGCUGAACAACUGUCCUGCCUUCCAAAAGGCGUCGACAGGAUGCCUACGUGCCCUGUCUAUGCAAUUCAAGACCACCCACGCUCCCCCGGGCGAUACAUUGAUCCACCCUGGGGACAUACUGACGUCCAUUUACUUCAUGGCCCGGGGAUCCAUAGAGAUUAUCAAGGAUAACACGGUCAUGGCCAUACUUGGCAAAGACGACAUUUUUGGCGGCGACCUUCAUGACUUGGACACGUCAGGAAAGUCUCUUUACUUCGUCAGAGCCCUGACCUACUGUGAUAUCAACAGAAUAGAGAUUAGUGACUUGAAGGACACGCUGAAUUCCUACCCGGAAUUCGCCGAGGAGUUCAUGAAACGCAUUCAAGUGACGUUUAAUCUAAAACGGGGGACGCUUUUCGAGUCCAAGCGGAAGUCCAAAAUUGACGAAGAAAAGCUCCGGUUUAUACGACAGAAGCAGCCGCACAUGCAGUCACGAAGGAACAUAAGUAGAAGCGAAGAAACUCUUCCAAAGUCAUACCAAAGACGCCGAAAGCACAGCGCCUCGCAGACGGAUGAAGAUGAGACAUCUCCAAGAUUCAUCGAGAUUUCACCGGAGCAGGCCUACUCCGAUAUACAACGAGAUUUUGCAGACCGAAGGGAGUCGAAAUCUUCAAAUACGAAAGUCAAAGAGAAACUGGGGAAGGUUACAAAGGUUAUCAAGCUCGAUGAAAGAGAAAGUGUUCCUUGCGAGCCUUCCUCCACCAUGUCGACGACAACUACCUACACACCCAAGUCAUUAUCCAGCAGCGGUCAAAGAUUUUCCUGGGGUCAGGGUAUCAUCGACCCCGGGGUGUCCGCCGAGAGGGACGGGGCAUCGAAUCAAGUGACUAUGGUGCCAGAUCAAAUUGACAUUCUAAAUAUAGACUUAAAAUUGGAACAAUUGUCUAGCCGUAUGAACAAGUUCGAAGCUGAUCUCUUCACUACUGUUGACAGUAUUCUACAUCUUCUGGGGCAUUCCCCGAGCGUCAAACGCAACCCUAAAGCUGAAGUGUGCGAUACAGUGACUAUAAAUAGAUCAGAGAUUCCGAACAGUCACGUGAAAUCAGUUUCCGUCUCGCGGAAAGGAGCAAGACUAGUAAAAUCGCCUAGCGACUUAGCAAAAUUGUUAGACAAAAUGUAAUUUUAGUGCAUAAUUGCAUAAUUUAAGUAUUAAAACUUGUUGAAAUAACUAAUUUAUUUUAGAAGUUUGAUGUCUUCUACCGCGCCAUAGGCUGCAUAAUGUGACGAUACUGAAGGUGUUGCAGCACAUCUUUGUAAUAAACUAAAUGGAGUCACGAAAUUUAGGAACUAUUUUAUUAUACGUGUAGCCAUUUAGUGUCGACUAGAAUGUAUUCAAUUUUAGUAUGAGCAUAUGGCUAAUGGGGGU